CGAACCUCCACCCUGCUGUUUAGUCAGACAGCUGACCCUUCGAUAGAGGUUUAUUUAUCUCAUCAGAACCAGGUUCUUGUCGAAGAGGCUUCUACAACGCCCACCAUCUCACAGUUACAUCGUUAUCAGACCAGCGUCUCUAGAUUUCUUAUGACGGAACCUGUCUAUACUACGAGGAAGGUGGGGCUCUUCAGCAUCCAAGACACAGGAGCCCCUGUCCAAGAUGGUCAGAGCUACACAACGCUGGUCAUCAUCCAUGGGUUUACAUGGCACAGGGGUGUAUUCUCCCGGCUCCUUCCCUUGGCCGCUGAAUCUAACGCCCGCAUCGUCUUGGUCAAUCGUCGUGAUUAUCCCGACUCUGCGCCUUAUACUGAAGAAGAACAUCGGCUUCUCAUCUCCGCACGAGGAAGCACCCCGGAGGCGGCGGCUGACUUGAAAGAAUACAUAAAGGCGCGCGCUCGAGAGUUGUACAACUUCCUCUCCAAAUUCGUCACAGAUGAAGAUAUCGCUGUGGACAGUCUUGUGCUUGCUGGGUGGUCGUUCGGUUCUGCAUGGAUGUUAGCACUGCUAACCCACGCAGCCACGUUCCCCGUAAACGACGUCGAACUUGACAAGUAUAUUCGACGUGUAAUCCUAUACGACCCACCAUACCACGCCAUAGGCUACGACCCUCCAGAAGAGUUUUACAACCCCUUAAGUCACCCCUCGCUCGCACCGGGAGAAGGUGCCAAAAUCUUCCCCGCCUGGGUGUCAGGCUACUACGCCCAUGGAGAUUCUGCCUCUGAGCUCGAACAUCGCAUCGCACUCGCAGAACCAACCCCGACGAUUCUCACCAUGUCUCCCGAAGAUAUUCAGGCCAAAUUACACGCACCCCCUGCCAUCCCUGGUGGAUCGGACGAUCUCCUCGUAGUGACAGGCAUUCAACAUGGGUUGUACGACACAAUGAGGCGUGCUACGCUAUUCUUUGCUAAUCCUGGUGUUGCCGAAGCGGAAGCUGGGGAGGAGGAGGGGGAGGAGGAGGCAGUACGGGGCGAUUGGAAGGGUAUAGAGCUACGUUACAUCUGGUGCGAUCGGUCGGUCUGGGAGGUGCCUUGGGGAACUUGGGCGCUCCAGGCAGAACUGCAAGAAGCUCGGAAAGCAGGAAAGGAGACUAGGAAUGUGGUUCUUGUCAGGCUGAAAGGGGCGAAUCAUUUUGUUCAUUGGGACCAGCCCGAGCGUGCAUUGAGAGCGUUGUUGGCCGAUAGUACGGAAGACCUGUGAUGUGGGUCCAUGUUUGCGACGAUUUUGUUCGGUCUGAUCGUGUUGAGCCAGUCAAGAAUGGAUGUGUCGUGGAGUUAUUCUUAUUUAUAUCAACAUCGCGUUGACUCGUCUUGAGUAUUACUCACGCGGUACCUUUUUGCUUUCCGGUCGCCGAGCCGUCUAGUUGUAUAUAUCCUCACAAACAAUCUUCAGAUGUUGUACC